AUGGCAAUGCCGAAUUCCUGCAGGGAUAAGCGAAAUCGCUUCCCCAAUAACCUAAAUCCAAUAGUGCCUGUGGGCACAUCACUGGGCAUAUCACUUGGCAAGUUCGUGGGCGCAUCAGUGGGCACAUCGCUGGGCAUAUCACUUGGCAAGUCCGUGGGCGCAUCAGUGGGCACAUCGCUGGGUGCAUCAGUGGGCACAUCGCUGGGCGUAUCACUUUCUUUGUGUCCUGCGGAAUGUAUGGCAAUGGUGGGUUCUGGCUCUGGCUCUGAUCUCGGCGGUGGAGGUGGCGACUGUGUUCUUGGCCGUUUCUGGCCGUGGCCGGAGGAAGUGGUGGCUUCAGGUAGCAGUUCGCUGGCAGGGUUUACCGUUGGGGCUAUUGUGGAUGGUGGUGGCGGCGUUCUUUGCCGUUUCUUUUGCCGGCGAUAUGUCUAG